CACCGCGGCCACCUUCCCCCGCCCGAGCCCGGGGCCGCGCUCCCCCCUGUCCCCUCGGCACAGGUUGGCCGGCAGCCGCGGGCCCGCCGCCAUGUCGGGACGCCGGGGGCGCCCUGAGGGGUGACAUGGCGGCGGGUAGCAGGGGGCAGCCACCCCCGCGCGAGGACGCGGCCGCACCGCUCCCCGCCCUGCCCCCCUUCCCGAGGGGCUGCCGGGCCGGGCGGCAUUGUUGGCCGCGUCCAUCACUCCCCGGCCCGGCUGACAUAAUGAAUGCGCUUGGACACACCUUCCAGCCCGGCGGAGAGGCGCGGCGUGCCUCCCCCGAGCGCUCCGCUCACCGCAGCCCUCCCGGCCCCGCAGCCCGGCUCCCCGUCCCAGCCCAGUGAGGGGCCGCGGCGGCCGGGCCGGGCCGGGCCGGGCGGCCCUCGCUAUGCUGCCCAGUGCGCUGUACUGGGACCUGGUGGGCUCCUCGGCGCUCCUCAACCUGCCGGCGGCGCCGGGCUUCGGCAGCCUGGGCAAAAGUUUCCUCAUCGAGAACUUGCUGCGGGCCGGCGCGCCGCAGAGCCCUGCCCAGCUCCGUCCCCUCCCCGCCAGCCCCGUCCCCCUCAAGCUGUGCCCCGCGGCGGAACAAAUCAGCCCCUCGGGGGGUCCCUAUCCGACCAGAUGGGCUUUCCAAGUGCUUAACCCCUCGGCGGCGGACGGCGGCCGCCUGCCAGCGCGGGCUCCGGCGGCGGACAGAGGCGGCGUCUUCCCGCCGGCGGCCACAGCUCUUUCCAAACACUUUUUUCUCCGAGCCCCGCCAUUCUACUCAGCAUGCUGCGGUGGGUCCUGUCAGCACCCUGCAUCCCCCACUGCUUUUCCAAGAGAGGAAAGUGUCCUGCCUCUUCUGACCCAGGAGUCUAACUCCAAAGCCCGGAGAGGUAUAUUAAGAAGAGCUGUCUUUUCUGAAGACCAGAGGAAGGCUUUGGAGAAAAUGUUUCAGAAGCAGAAGUAUAUCAGUAAAACAGACAGGAAGAAACUGGCCAUUAACCUGGGCCUAAAGGAGUCUCAGGUAAAAAUUUGGUUUCAGAAUCGAAGGAUGAAGUGGCGAAACUCCAAAGAAAAGGAAGUGCUUUCAAACAGGUGCCUCCAAGAAGGUCUUCAGGAAAACUACCUCUCACAGUCCGCCAUGAAUUUUGCCUCCCCAUGUCCCUCUGUGUGGGAAGUGUCACAGGAGCAGACAAGUCCAAGGUGGAGGGAGAAGUCUCCAGGAAACUCUGAAAGACUGGCUAGUAUACAGCCACCUCCAAGUGCAAACUCAUCACAGAGCCCGUUGUAUUUGUAUCCUGACCAUGACACUGCAAAUAAGGCAGUUACAUCAUCAACCUAAGAAAGUAGGGCCAGUUUGUAAAUUGAGUGGAGAGUGCAGGCUCCAAAUGAGAGGUCUUCUGAGACUAACAAUAUUUGGACACUGUAAAGCUAACUAGUUAUGUCUCCUAAAUUUGCUAAAGUCUAACACCAUUAAAAUGACAACUAAUGAUUUAAGAAAUAUUUUUCAAUACUCAGUCUUUUCAUGUCUCUUUUCCAGUCUUGUAAUGACCUUAAAUGUGAAAUAGAAAUUGAUGGUAAGUAAAACAAAGUGAAGCUGAAGUUUUGCUCUGAGUUAACAUCUGCACUGUGUAUAGAUUUUCAUUAAAACACACUGAUAGAAAACCACUUCUAUCUCUCACUGCAUUUAGAACAAGCAAUUUAUUUUAUGCAUGAGAUGAGAAUAACCCUGUUUCCCCAAAGAUAAUAAGUUGCUUUGGGUUCUUUUUGAGAUUGAUUAAAUGACACAGUAGGUGUGUAUUAGACAAAUGUAAGCAUUUUUAGUAUGUUUCCACCAUCUGUCCCCACCUGUAUCAGUAUCCAGCUAGUUGUAAAUAGCGCAGUCGCACAUCAGCCGAUAACCAUAGUGAAGUAUGCAAUAAAAAGACAAACAGCCAAUAAAAUGGACUGUGUUUAAGCCACUUUGAUUUGGAUACACAUGGGGAAAUACAGUUCACUAACUCCUUUAUUGUUUUUCCUGUGGGUUAACACUGAAACCAUUCUUAAAUCAAUUUCAGUGGAUUUUGACAGAUUAUUAGUGCAAUCUCUUAUAAUCUGUGCUCUAUUUCAAAAUUGUAAUGGCUAUAUGCAGAAUUACUGUCCAAAUGGACUAGGCAAGAGAGCUAAAAUUGGAAAAUCUACCGAUGAAGCCUCUCUUAGAGAAGUACUGAAGGAGCUGGCAUGCUGCAGUUGUCUGAUUCCUGACUUAUUCCUCAUUAAACUGGUACCCAUUAGUACAUGUCAGCAUACAUCUGUAUCAAAGGCAGGACGGCAUUCUGCGUAAGGCAAGGAGCUUGAAAUAGUAGUAUUAAAAUUAUUCAACUUGAAAUUAUUUGCUUACUUCAUCCAGUUGAAGGAAAUCACUUUUGAAGGUAAUUAUCAACUUUACUUCAUUUGAAAGGCUUUGGAGCUCAAAAUGGGAGCAGAAGGGGCAGCUUUCUGUUGUUGUUUGUAUGUUUAUUUUAAUCAUACAUUUAUGGUUGCAUCUGUUGAGAAUAAAAAUGGAAGGUAUUUUAUCCUGCAGGCAAAACCUUGUGGAGAACAUUUUGGCUUUCUAAGGACAUCAUCUGUGUCAGAUAGCCAAAAGAGAUGGUUAUAGUAAUCUCAUCUGGCUUUCCUCAUCACGUAUGUUAUGAAUGUCUCUAAUUGUUCCUGCCUUUGAGCUCCAAAAGCUUUUGAGCUGCACUGCGUAUCUUCCAGAAAAACAUCCAGUUGUUACUUAAUGUUUAAACCCUGGAGGAUCAUCUACUACUCCCUUAGUUACGUGGUACUUGGGAGUUAAAGUUUAGAUACAGUUGCAGCUAAGGAACUUGAGUUGCAAUGACAAAGCUUGUAUCAUAAACUGUAUGCAUAAUUAGAUGAGUUUUGUAGCCCACUGUGUGCAUGGUCUGUCUUUGGAGUGCUCAGCUCUGCUGUCCCAGUCUCACACAAUAUGUCUUUCUUUGCCUAUGCUUUCCUGGGCUGUUUUUAAAGGAAAAAAGGCGUUACAGAAAAAUUCAGAAGUCAUCUCAUCCUCUGGUUGCAAACCCUUGUUACUGUAAGGUGUCUACAUCCCUACCCUAACAGAACCCUUGAACACAUGUAGUACGCCCCGUGUUAUAGUAUGCCCUGUGUUAUAUGCUCUUCCAUACUGUGAAGAAUUUAUUCCCAUCCUGCAAUAGAAAUCCUGGAACUCACUCGCACUUUGUCUGAAAUCUUUAGAGAUGGAUGGACAAAUGCACAUCCACACAUGAAGAUGAAUUUACUUUCUAAUUUUCCUGUGGAAAUCAAAGUCCAGCCCUGCUUGACUAGCUCCUGCCUGAAAGAUAGUAACUGUUAGUGGGCCAGAGUCUUAGGAAAUGCUAUUUGCUGGUGUCUGCUGACAGCAAAAGGCAUACAAAUAUUUCCAAGAUGUCAUCAAAGAAUCAAGUGAAGGUACACGUGCUUCCCAUUGCAGAGGAAAUUGGUGUGUGGCAUGGGAAUUUUUUAGGUCUUUUUCCAUCUCCCUUUUCAUGGAAAGCAGUCUUCACAACUGCUCAUAUUUUUUUCCCACAAGUCAAUCAAGAGUCAGUGCUAAAAUCAACAUAGAUUUAUGGACAGAGAAGAUGGGAUUCAGAGUCCUCCCAGUGAAAUUCAUUCAGCUGCUGAUGAUAUAAGCAUUGAAUGGGAACUGCUGUCAAACCUUCCAGCUGAUGUGCUGGGCAUGUUGUGACCUCACUGAGGCAAGGAUCAAGCAAGGCUCAUGCUGAAUUGGUUUCAUAGUUACAAUGUGAUAAGUCUUUCAAACUGAGCAAGUUCUGCUUUCAGCACAGCCUGCUACUACUCCAUGCUCUCCAUAUCUCUAACACCUCCUAUUGGUGUACCUAUUCCAAAGCUAGAAGAAAGUUUCUACACAUGAGACAGUAUUCUGUACUUGAAAAUGCUUACCAAGCUUUCUUCAAAACCCUAGAAAUACACCUGGUGAAUUUUGAAUUAUGUAUAAAACAGUUUGAUGCAAUUAGUUAAAGUGGACUUAGCCCAUGAAAAAAUAUACAACCUUGAUUACUCUUGUUUUAAGCAAUCUGAAGAAGUUUCCCUUUGGUCCAUCCCAUGGAAUGUUGGUAAAGGAGAAUAUGAACACAGAAAAUAAGAGAGAUUUACAGUGGCAGUCUUUUCAUGUGAAAGACCAAGUUGUAUGUAUUUGUUUUCUUCAGUGUAUGAACACAAGUUGUAAAAGAACAAAGCAAACACCAAUUCUAUGCAAAAUCCCCUGCAGGUGUUUUAAGCACAUCAUAACAGGCACAUUGUGAAGGUGUAGGGUACAGAAUGCAUCUGGCUUGGUAUUUUGGAGAGACCUAACAGAGACUGAUGACAUCUUACAAUUAAAACCAGGAACAUACUACUUUGACUUCAAAGGUAUGGCCCAGUGAGUGACCUUGCACCAUACUUGUAGGAUAUCUGAGGUACUUCCUAUGCAUGGUAUUGGAGAAUGUAUACGGAUUACACCUGUAAAAUACUGUGAAGGACGUUUGUUGGGAUCCCAGGGCUUGGCAGGGUUUAGGUACCUCAAAUUCUGAACUUCAACAGAAACCAAACUCUGUAGAGGCUCUAAAUAACACAGAUACUUUUGCUUGCUGGGCACCUCUCUGCUUUGGCAACCUCUCAAAGCUAAUGUAAUGUAGAACAGGAGAGGGAAAGGGAGGAAAGGCUGAGCCUCAGCACUGCCUUUGCUGACACAGCUCAGGCUGUGGUGCUCUUGGGCUGUGGUGCUGGAGCAGGGACCUUGCUGCACACUGCAGCAACCUCAGGUCCAGGAGAAGCAUUUCUCUCCUCACCUACUGGAGAUUGUCCAGAUGGAGAUCCUGAACAGAGAUCCUGAAAAGGUGUUCUGGGGAACUCAAUGGCUCCGUUACUCCGUUACUGAACGGAAUGAUUUUCAUUGCUGGCUCUUGGUCUUGUUUUAUAAAGGAAAUCACAAAAGAGUGGCAGAUUGCAAUUUGCUGACUACAGCCAUGCCAGCACUCACACUUUGACUGUGCACUUUUAUAGAAUUAAAUAACUUUCAAAAAUGUGUCUUGCUUUUACUAAUUCUCUGCCAAAAGAAGCUGUGAUGAUCUGCUUAAGGAAACAGGCUGCUUUAAGGCACAAAACUGCAUUACUAACUUCAAUGUCAGAGCAACAAUACAGUGGUCAAAUGUCACUCCUUAGCUGCACUAAAACAUCACAUUUGUUUUAUCCACCGUGAUUUACUAGUACUGGGUUUUAAAUGCCAGUUGCCAUUGCUGUAGCUGCACAGCUCCUCUGAUGAAUAUACGUUCCACAGUCAAAAGCCUGACAUAAAUUAAAUCCAUUCACUUGCUUCAGCACCCUCUACCAACAAUACCAUUACUGAUCUUCACAGAAAAGAAAGGAAGACAAACCAAUUUUAAGCAAGUUAGCCGUAAAUUCAGUGCCCAAAGAAAGGCACGGAGAGAAAUUAGGGCCCAAUUAACUUUAGACUUCAUUUUGAACUAUUACCAAAAGGCCCCUGCAGAGAGAGGUUCACAGUCUUAUGUGGACUAAGUUGCCAUUGACUACAGAAUUCUUCAACAACUAUGCUUCUAGGUGCAUGGUGACUGGUGCUGGGUAAAAUAUGCUAAGGUAUGUCAGCUUGAGUCUGAGAUGCUCCCAAUGCAGGCUUAUACUUCAGUCAUUUGCUGGCCAGAAGACAGCACUCCUUGGUUUCCCAUAGAUAACUGAUUGGAGUGUAAGCAAUAAAACUGUUUAUGGUGGAUGGGAACAUCUCACAGCAACAGCUUGAUAGUGAACCUCCAGCAUUCACCCAAACAUACAAAUAUCAAGUGUUGUAUAAACACUCCACUCUUGAGGAAUUCCUGAGAUUUUCCAAGUCAUUUUGUCUUUGUAUGUCAACAUUUGAAUGUGAUACGAAGUAGCUGAAAGUUAAUGUAGAUCCUUCAAUGAAGUCCGCUUCCAUCUUUUUUUUCCUAUUCACUAUCAUACAGUUCUAGAUAAAAAUUAAACUGUAACAAAAGUCUCUAUAUUCAUAAUAUUUCAUUUAAUAAAGUCUGAAGAAGAGUGGAAAUAUUUUAAAUUCUUAAGUUCAUUCAGCUGAUGAGGAAAGUUAAUCAAAGCAUACUGUUCCACUAACACAAAUUACACUGCGACUUACCUGUAUCACACCUUGUUGCACACUGAA